AGGAUGCACACAUGCGGCGCGGCAAGGAAAAGCGGUGUCGCAAACGCGUCUUCGCCGCGCGGCAGCACGACCACACAAGCGGCAAACGCAAAUCUCUCUACAUUUCGGCGCAAGCGCAAAAUAUUCAAGAUGGCGGGUGAUUCUAAUUCUGCUGCUCUUCUUAUGUUUACAAAUUUCGUUUUGUAUACUUCACUUUAUGUCUCUAGAAGACGUCGACGAAGAAGAUUUGACCGGAGAUUUUGGAUCAGAGAGAUUUUCUUAGAUCGAGAGAGAACUGGUGUACAAAAUACACUUAUUCCUCGUCUAAGAUCUUUCGACAAGGAAUAUUACUUCGAUUUCCUCAGGAUGUCUCCCGAAAAGUUUGACGAACUAUUAAAUAAACUUGGACCGAAGAUAACUAGGCAAAAUACCAGAUGGAGAGACGCAAUACCUGCGAGUGAUAGACUUGCUGUAACAUUGAGGUAAAUGUAGCAAACAAAAUGGCAGUUAAUGUCGAAUAUAAAAAUAUUUACUUACAAUAAGUCAAGUUAGUAAAUUAAUAUUAUC